GUCUGUGAAUUUUUACAUUUUUAUACUUUUAAACUGUGAUAAUUUUUACUAGUUUUUAUUAGCAUUUUUGAUGAUUUCAAGUCCUUAAAACUAGCCGUUAUGGUUGAAGUUACUAAUUCUAAUUUUAAGGAGUUGUUACCACUAAUUAAAAAUGCAAUUGAUGAAUCUAGUUUUAUUGCUAUUGAUGCAGAAUUCACUGGUCUAUAUUUAGGUGCUACAAAUGAAGCAAGCUUGUUUGAUAGCAUGGAAAAUCGAUACCAGAAGCUGAAAGCAAGAGCUUCAUCUUUUUUACCAUGCCAGAUUGGUCUAUCGACGUUUAAAAAAGAUGGGGAGGAAAACAUAUACUUGGUGGAAACUUAUGUAUUUUACAUAAGACCUUACAUGUGUGGUAGCAUUGAUCGAAGAUUUAUGUGUCAGGCAUCAUGCUUAGAUUUCCUUUGCCAAUAUGACUUUGAUUUUAAUAAGUUUAUUAAAGAAGGAAUUCCAUAUCUCAAUGAAGUGGAAGAGAUUGAAAUCCGGAAACAAAUCGAAGAAAAUACAAUCAGUUACGGUCAUAUGAAAUUAAUGGCAUCAAAAUCAAAAAUAGAACUAGAUAUGCUGAUAAAUAGUUUUCUUAAAUUAAAACCAAGCAAUAAUAUCAGUCAAGAAACUGAAAAGGCAAACAGAUUAGUUCUUGAUAGGGAGACAAUUUACCAUGAGUAUUUUCAAAUUAGUGAAUUAAGGCGGAAGUAUCCUACUUUGAAAAUUUAUUCCGAAAAUGAUAAGAUAAUUGUUGAAAAGUGUACUAAGGAAAAUAAUGAAUUUGUUUUAAAUUAUGAAGCUGAGAAAGAAAAUCUCAUAGAACAUUAUAUUGGCUUUUCUAAAGUCUUGAAGCAUUUAAAGUCAUAUAAUAAACCUAUGAUUGGGCAUAAUCUUCUUAUGGAUUUAUUACUCCUCUUUCACAAUUUCUACAAGCCUCUUCCAAAUACUUAUAAGGAAUUCAAGCAAGAAUUGCAUGGUUUGUUUCCUUUGAUUUUUGACACAAGACAUAUUUGGUUGCAUGUAAAAAAGUUCUACAAGUUUAAAGAAAUUUCAACACAAUCUGGUUUAUUUGACUUAUUCGAGAUGUUCAAAAAGCCUAACGACAGUUUAUCAACGCUGUUUUCGCCAGAUGUUAAACACACUAACUCUGAUAAAUAUCUAUCUGAGAAAUUUCCCCAUGAAUCUGGUUAUGAUUCUUACGUGACAGGAUGGGUGUUCCUUAAAAUUUGUCAUGCUCUAGCAUUAAACAAAAUUUCAAACCCUGUAUUUGUUCGACCUCAAACUUUUAAGCAACAUUUAAAAGCUGUAUACCCAUUCCAGAACAAAAUUAAUAUUGCUAGAUCAAAAAUCAGAUAUAUUGACUUAAGCGGCGAUGAUCCAACUCCAGUGGAAUCACAAUUACUGCACAUACGAGUACGAAAUAACAAGAAACUACUAAAUCAAUCUGAACUAUCCAGACUGUUUGAUAAGUAUGGACUGAUAGAAUUCAAGCUGAACCAAAAUAAAAAAGAAGCAAUUCUAGCCAUUGGAAAUUUGCGGAGUUUUAGAGAGAUUUUAAAGGAUUUUUCUAAGGAUCCGGAAUUUGAUGUCUCGAAAUACAAUGUACUGAGGCAUUCUCCAGUAGUAAACACUGCUAUUUGGUUAACAUCUUUAGGAGUUUGUACAAUAGCUGCUUUUUAUUGUGCGAAAUUUUAUACUGCAUCUCGUUGUUCUUAAAGAUGCAUAUGCUAUGAGAAAUUUCUACAAUGCAUUUUUUACUUUUGAAUGAAUGAAUGAAAUAAAAAUAUUUAUUCUUUUUAAAAAA